GUCACCAGCAGUUCAAGCGGAGCAAUGGCAGCAAAGGGGUACCACAUUUUGGGAUUUUCUUGCCUGAUUUUUGUAGCCUGUCUUCUGGGCAGUCGCCUGGCUCAGGCCCAGAAUACGGAGUCUGCUAGUCUCUGUAGUGAUUUGCCGAGUAUAGCUCUGGAUCUGGACAAGUUCUCUGGCAUCUGGUGGGAGGUUGCUCGUCAGCCCUCCACCUCGUACUUCUGCACGGAGGUGAACAUCACAGUGGUUCCCAACGUCACUCAGGAUAAUGUACUGAUCCACACAGCAUAUGCGGUGUCUCCGGACUAUCCCUGGGUUAAUCAAACCAUGAAUGCCACGAUUACAGUGGCCAACAUGACCGAAGUUCAGGAAGGCUACAACUUUACUUACUGGAACCCUCCCAACUACAAUCCGUACACUGUGUUCAAGGUCCUUUACACCGAUUACAUCAACGUUACUUUCGUUUGUGGCUAUACAAAUCAGACAGAUAGUUCGACAGCCUUUGGAAUUAUCCUCACUAGGGAUCGCACACCCACCACCGAUGACCUUGAUAAAAUGGAAGGUUUGGCGACGACCUAUUCCUCCAAUUUCCUAAAUGGUACAAUGUCACUGAUAACUCAAGGGGAAACAUGUUAUGCUGCCGGAGCCAAUUCUUCCACAUUAAUCUCUACGCUGCUAAUUGCCUUGACCUUGCUGUUUUGUUUUAUAAGAAAUUAAUAUUAUUCACAUCUUCUUGUUU